GCGGCGGAGGCGAGCUGAGGCUGACCGGAGGCGUCUCGGUUGGUUCCUUGGUAUCGGGCGGAAAGAAGCGGAAGAAUGGCUCGAACGCGGAGUCUCAUCAGCUUUCCCUGAAGCUGAGAGCGGGGAGCGGAGGCCAUGGCGGGCAUUAUCAAAAAGCAGAUCCUGAAGCACCUUUCCAGGUUCACCAAAAAUCUGUCACCUGACAAAAUCAACUUGAGUACUCUUAAAGGUGAAGGACAACUAACCAAUCUAGAGCUUGAUGAAGAAGUGCUUCAAAAUAUGCUGGAUCUUCCCACAUGGCUUGCCAUCAACAAAGUAUUUUGCAAUAAAGCAUCUAUUAGAAUACCAUGGACAAAAUUGAAAACACAUCCAAUCAGUUUGUCAUUGGAUAAAGUAAUAAUGGAAAUGAGUACAUGUGAAGAGCCACGUGCCCCUAAUGGGCCAUCACCUAUAGCGACUGCAUCAGGACAAAGUGAAUAUGGUUUUGCUGAAAAAGUGGUAGAAGGAAUAUCUGUUUCUGUAAACUCCAUUAUAAUCCGAAUUGGAGCAAAAGCUUUCAAUGCUUCAUUUGAACUUUCUCAGCUGAGAAUAUAUAGCGUCAAUGCAAACUGGGAACAUGGUGACUUAAGAUUUACUCGCAUACAAGAGUCUCAGCGUGGAGAGGUGUUGACAUUUAAAGAAAUCAACUGGCAGAUGAUCAGAAUAGAAGCAGAUGCAAUCCAAAGUUCUCAACAUGAAAUUAUGAGUGCUCCAGUUCGCCUGAUUACUAACCAGUCCAAAAUUAGGAUCACACUUAAAAGAAGGUUAAAGGAUUGCAAUGUGGUAGCGUCCAAACUGAUUCUAGUACUGGAUGACUUGCUAUGGGUUUUAACUGAUUCCCAGUUGAAAGCUAUGGUACAAUAUGCAAAAUCCCUUAGUGAAGCAAUAGAAAAAUCAGCUGAACAGAGAAAAAGCCUUGCUACUGAAUCCGCACCGAGUUCCACUGCUGUGCCCAGUUCUCAGCAGGUGAAAACACAGCAGUCUUCAGCAGCUGUUGACCACAAUGAUGCAAUUGUGAAACUAUUCAAUAAUUUUGAUGUUAAGGAAACUUCUUAUCAUCUAGUAAUUUCCCAUUUGGACUUGCAUAUAUGUGAUGAUAUUAAUGCUAAGGAAAAAGUUGCCAACAGGCGUAUUUCAGGAGGAGCUAUGCAGCUGUCCUUUAGCCAACUGACAGUAGACUACUAUCCUUUUCACAAAGCAGGUGACAGUUGCAGCCAUUGGAUGCAUUACAGUGAGGCCACCAAAACGAGAAGUGGAUGGGCAGAAGAAUUAUUACAGGAAUUCAGAAGCAAUGUUGAAUUGCUGAAGCAGGCUGUGAAGGAUCAUAAUAAUGCAGAUUCUCCUGUUAAAUCCCCUCCUCAUGGAUCCCCACAACACGCACAAGCAGGCAAGGAACAGAUACCUCAAGGAAACACUAAGCCACCUCCCAUGUCCUCUCAGCAGUCCAAGGCUAAACUGAUGUCCAGCCCUGUUGUGGUUAGGCUUGCAGAUGUUAACAUUUAUCAGGUCUCUACUGCAGAUCAAUAUCGCCGUUCUCCUAAAACUCUUAUUUCUUGCAAUAAAAAGUCUCUAUACCUCCCGCCAGAAAUGCCAGCUAUUCAUAUUGAAUUCACUGAGUACUACUAUCCAGAUGGAAAAGACUAUCCCAUUCCAAGCUCAAACCUUUAUAUUCAGCUAAAUGCUCUGCAGUUCACUCUGGAUCAGAGGAGUAUUCUUUGGUUAAACCAGUUUGCGCUAGACCUAAAACAGAGUCUCAAUCAGUUCAUGACCAUGUACAAGUUAAACGAGAAUUCGAAGUCAGAGGAGCAUGUUGAUGUUCGAGUUGAUGGUUUAAUGAUAAAGUUUAUCAUUCCUUCUGAAAGGAAACAAAAUCAUAAAGACGAUCCACGUGCAAUUUCCAUUCAGAGUUCUGAAAUGAUUGCUACAAAUACUAGGCACUCGCCAAACUGCAGGCACUCUGAUUUGGAAGCAGUGUUCCAAAACUUCAAAGACUAUAACUUUUUCAGUAAAACUUUCACAGACUUCCCCAAAUCCCCUGACUGUUUCAAUCUUCUGCAUCCCAUCUUCCAGCGGCAUGCUCAUGAACAAGAUACCAAGAUGCAUGAUGUCUAUAAAGGUUUUAUUGCUCCCAAACUGAAUAAAUGUGCACUUAAAACAUCUGCUGCUUCUGAUGUCUGGGCAGUGCAUUUUUCCCAGUUUUGGAUAGACUAUGAAGGAAUGAAGAGUGGGAAAGGACGGCCAGUAAGCUUUGUAGACUCCUUUCCACUUUCACUCUGGGUUUGCCAGCCUUCAAGAUUGGAAGAGUCAUACAAAGAGGCAUCUUUCUCUAAUCAGAAAACUCUUAACAUUCCAAAAAGUGACUCAAGUGACCUAGCAAGUCGACUGCAGCGCAAGAAACUUCUGAAGGAAUAUUAUAGCACUGAGACAGAACCUUUGACUAAUGGAACUGAAAAUCUGCACACCGCUAACAGCACUUUGGAAUCCAAGUCCUUAUAUAUGUCAACUGAUGCAGAUAUACACGUUCUAGUUCAUGUCCAAAAGCAUGCAAGCUUGCAGAUCAAUCAUUAUCAGUACAUCUUCUUACUGUAUCUCCAAGAAUCUCUUGUAUUACUUCUGGAAAACCUGAGAAAGGAUGUAGAAGCUGUGACAGGGAACCCUGCAAAACAGGCAGAUGUCUGCAUUGGGAUCUUGCUGAAGAGUGCAGACAUAGCUCUAUUACUCCAUCCGGUGAUGCAGGGAAGCACCUGCAAGUCUCCUGAUCUAGGGAAGGGAAGUCCGGUGGCAUCAGACCUCUCGCCUUUGGAAAAUGAAACGACUUCUACAUUGGAAAAUAAAUUAGCUGCUGCUCAUACCGCACAGAUGGGCAGUUUGGAUAUGAAUGUUAUAUCAGACUGUAGAGCUGUGAAUGCUGACCUUAGCAAAGCCAUAAUGAUAGACCCUGUUUUCAAAACAGACAGAGAUAUGAAUUUGCGAAGAGGAAGUUCUUUUUCAGACGAUGCUUCAGAAAAACUUUUGGGGAAAAUAAAUGAAGAGAGUAGUAGUGGACUUUUCAGUCAAAGUGAUUCAGAAGAAAUUUGUGAGUCAUUAAGUGAGAAAAGCAAUACAUAUUCCAAAGAUCUGAUUAAUAUUUUAAGUUGCAGAGAAGAUUCUAUUGAGGAAUUGAUAGUCAAGGAUGAUGACAAAAGCAUUUUUAUAAAUAAGGAAAGUGGAGCAGGGAGCUCACUUAAAGCCCCGCAGUUAGAUGCUGAUAUGAACUGGCUGUCUGAAGAACAUGAAAACAACAAAGAAAAACUUGCCGCAAUUAAAACACUUGCAUUUCAGCCUUCAUUAAGUGGAAAGCCUAAGGAACGCUGCCAGUCCAAUCUCCCUGCAUUCUCUGUUUCUUAUAAGAACAUGAAGAAAAGUCCAUCACAAGCCUCUUUGGACACCAUUUCUAUGGAUAGCAUGUUGCUGGAGGAACACUAUUUGGAGAGUGAUGGAAGUGAUAGCCACAGCUUUUUGGAGAAAGCUAUUUCCUCAAUGAACCCAGCAGAAAAUGCUCCUGAAGAAGGCACAGUGAUAGAGAAUUAUGGGGGAUCAUCACCAGACGUCCUCAGUGCAGCUUCAGAGAAUGCGCAGGAUGCCAGUGAAGAAAUGAUGUCUGUCCUGGUUUUUAAAAUAUUUGGUGUUAACGGUGAAAUUGAUAUCAGAGGUGAAGACACAGAAGUGUGCCUUGUGGUGAAUCGUGUCAUUCCGAAUCAGUUAGGUAAUAUCAGUGUUCGGCAUUACCUCUGCAAUCGUACAGCAGGUUCAGAUCCUAAAUCAGUGAGUGGAUCAGUCAAGUCAGCUCCUGAAAUUAAACUGAGAUGGGAAAGUGGACCCAGUGCUGUAAUACACUCCCUGCUGUCAGAAAAAAAUGGGUUUUUACAGUGUCAUGUCGAAGACUUGAGUGCUGAUUUCUUAACUUCUUCACUUAUGAACAUUCAGCAUUUUUUGGAAGAUGAAAUGGUUGCAGAAGUGAUGCCAAUGAAGAUAAAAAUUUCUAAUACUAGGAUCAUUUUAAAAGAUGACAGUGCACGUGACCAUCUAACUGCUCCUACACCAGUCCCCAAGGUGCUGCAUAUUGACCUACUUAUGGUAGAAAGGAAAGAUGAUGGUUCAUUUUGCAUUGGAGAUAACCAAGCACCCAGCAAUGAUUUACCAAAGACUAAGACAAGAAAUGAUACAGUGGAUCAAGCUGCUGAAAUAGGUGCAUACAAAAAACGGAAUAGUCUAUCACAAGCCACGCAGACAUCUACAGAAAUUAAGAGGUCUCCAGAAACUUUCAGGAUUUCAUCUGAUUUGAUGAAACAAGAGUUGAUUGAAGAAAAUGAAUGUCUUAAACAGGAAUUAGCCAAAGCUAAGAUGGCCCUUGCUGAAGCUCACAUGGAAAAAGACACUUUGCUUCAUCAAAUAAAAAGGAUGACUACUGAAAAUAAACGGUAGCAGACUCUGUAUAGCUGUAGAACAAGAAGGGAUGCAUUCUUUGCUACUGUUUAGUGGAAGACUUUUUUUAACCUGAGCCCAGAACAAAACUUGUAUAAAAUAUUCAUUUCUUGGAACAUCUGCAAAGGAACGGGAUUGCAGAUGAGUGUUUCUCUUUGGCCAUGAUUAAGCUGCAGUUAUGCAGGGAAAAUCAGUUUCUGAUGUAUGUAACCAUUUGUUUUAUAGGGGAGAUCCUUCAUUUCACAAAUAUCUAAGGAUAUCUGGAGACAAUUUGUGGAAAUAAGAUGGUAUAAAGGGAGAAGAGAGCUGGCAUGAAUAUAUGAAUAAAAUGUACCGCCAUAUACUUUCAUUGUUGGAAGAAAAACACUGUUAAGGAAAGAUUAAAUUUGCACUAUAAGUGUAGCUGGACAUAAGAUGGUCCUGGAUAGCAACUAAAAUCUGAUGUAGCCUGCCUGUGACUGUCUCCAAGCUAGCAGCAUUUGCCUUGGAAUGAGUACCAGACUUUAUGGCCAUAUUUUCAGAUUAUGACAAUACUGUAAAGCCAUUCAUAGUACAGCAUGGCAAAAACACUCUAGCUACACAGGAACCAUGCUGAUCCUUGGUUACCUAUGUAAGUGUUGUAGUCUUUGCACAAUGGAUGAUAUCAGAUUGUUGUCUUGUUAGCUAAGCAACUUUUCUCUGUCUCAUUCUGAGGAGGUGGCGUGAACAAAGUUUAUUAGAUCAGGGCUGUUUGCAAGGAUGGUCACUGGUAGGCACAGCUUUUUUUUUCCAAUUUGCACUCAGUGAAGCUCAGCUGCCAUUGAUCCUGGUACCCAGCGAAAUUUAAAACUGUUCCGGUUCUGAUUUUUGUAAAAAGUGUGUAUAUUACUAUGCUGGGUGGGGGAGUUAAAUAAUUGCCCUGUAGUGGUUGUGAAAUUCCAUGAAAAUGUAAAGUUACAUUUUAAAUCAUAAAUUUCUUGUAAAAAUUGAAAUUCUAAUUUUCAAAUGAAAGAACUGCUUCAAAUGUAUAAAUAA